AUGGCCUCUGCACACCUCCAUCCGUGGAUUGCUUUAUUACUUCUCGCGGUGAUUAGCAGCGAUAUCGGAGUACGGGGCCGCGCACUGGAGGCCGGUGGAUUCGUAGCACCGGCACCGGGGAGGUCCACGACACCGUCUUUACGCGCAGACCUCCUGAGGCGGUGGAGGCGCGCGGCGGCGGAGGAUCGCCCGGAACGCUGCGCGGAGCUCACGGCGUCCUGGCAGGAAAACUCGCAACGUCAUCCUCAGGAUCAUUCGACCGUGGUGCGCCUCAGGGUCAGGCCUCUGUCUGCUGGAGUUUCCCGGGGCGCUGUGUUCCCAGAGAAGCCGCUCUUCAGCUUCGUGCGGCGGGUCUACCGGUGCUGUCAAGACGGACUCGACUGCAGGAGCGUCAAAGGACUCCAGGGCCGUUUAAGAGGUCCGGAUGUAGAGUUGCUUCUCACCAGGGAGAUCUUAUUAUUGAGAAUAAAGAGAGCCGAGCUUCACCUUCAGCUCACAAAUCCACAACAGGCGGACAUCCGUCCCGUGCUUCUAUCUAUGGCAAAGAGCAACCUUCCCACAAGGUUUAUUUCAAGGUCCCACGGUAACACAGUGGAGUUGCGAGUGGAUCUGCUGUUCCUUUUCCAAAGUCUACAGGAGGCGGCAGGUGGUCCCGGACGAGGUCGCCUCUUGGUGAACAUGCGGAAGGUCGCGCUUUCCUCACCACAUAAAAAGUUCGCUUCAGUUGAUCUCCAGCACAAUGGUGGCGACGUGUGGGGGGGGCUGGGCUUGGCCUUAGGCUGCAGUCAGGCUGGAGUCAGCGUGCGCUGUGAAAGCAGCGGGGUCGGCCUCCUGCACACACCUUUUGUGACCCUGUACUACCUAUGAGGUCAAAAUGACUGACACUGGACUCAACUACACCGAGCCUUUCCCUUUCGAACUCUUUAAGUUCACGCUGAUUUGAC